AUGGCCUGUGACUGCACCAUGGAGCGACGAAUACAUUGCAGCCUGAAUUAACCCCAUCUGCGUAAGCAACGAAUAUGCCAAGAGCGAUGUAUAUGGCGGCGUACAUAACCAAGUUCUCACAUUUCUUCCCGCACACUUUGUCCUUGUCCUCUUGACAUUUCUCACGUAUAUAGCAUCGUAUAAUAUCCAGCAUCGCCCAAAACCAUACUCACCAUGCUUGCCCGCUUCACCACUCUCGCCCUCGCCUUUGUUGCCACCGCUCAGGCUGCCAUCACUAUCCUCUACCCUACUACGGACUCUGUCUGGUACAAGAACAACACUGUCUCGCUCAACUGGACAAUCUCCGACCCGCAAACAGAUACUUAUCUCUUCAGGACUUUCUUGUCCAACGCCGAUCAGAGUUUGCUUUCGGGGAAUCAUACGAUCGCCGAUAGCACCAAUGCGACUGCACAGUUUGUAAAGAUUCUUCUGGGUCUAGUCCCUUCCGGGCAAGAUUAUAUGGUCACCUUUGUGAAUACCACGAAUGAAGCUCAGGUCUUUGCAACCUCUGAAACGUUUGAGAUUGCUGACGGCGAAGUGACGAACUCUACUACGACUGCUUCUUCCACCACUACCACUUCUUCCUCUUCGGUCUUCAUCCCAAACAGCAGGACAUCUACUUCUUCCUCGUUAACCACAAACCCAUUCGCCACCGCCCAAGCUAGCGCGACCACGGCCUCAAGCUCUGGUAGUUACACACUUGACACUCGCGCCAUUGGCAACAUUCUUCAAGGCGGGAUGGCACUUCUGCCCAUAGUAAUCGGAAUGGGUAUCACUCUCUAAAAUGGUUUGGGCCAGCUUUCUUCAGAAGCCGCUGUGAUAAUACAUCAGCGAGGACUGGUUAUCCUAUAAUGGACUUUCAAAGUCGUGUCCCCGAGGACAUUAUAUACUGAUUAAUCUCGAG